AUGUCUAAGGGUUGGGUAGUUGCACUUGUGGCCUUGACCGGCACAUCUCUGGCAAAGGAUAUCUACGUCUCUCCUACCGGAACUGGUACCGGAUCUGUCACAGCACCCUAUGGCUCUAUCCAGUCUGCUGUGAACGCUGCUGCUGCUGGAGACAACAUCCUCCUGCGCGCAGGUACUUACAAGCCCACUACCAACAUCCAGAUUACCAAGAGUGGUUCGAGAAUAUCACCAAUCACUCUGCGCUCCUACAACAAGGAGAAGGUUAUCAUCGACGGAGAGGGUCUUCCGGGAACUCCUUACGGGCUGGACGAGUCCCUUCCCAACAAGGAGCGCGGUAUCCUGCACAUCGAGAAGGGCAACUACUGGAAGUUCUACAACCUCGAGCUAAUCAACGGACCGUAUGGCGUGUACGCUCGUAACGCUUCACACAACUACUACGAGUUGAUCACGACCCACGACAACUACGAAACAGGCUUUCAGUUAGAAGGUGCAUCUUCGAACAACACAGUGCUCUACCUCGAUUCCUACCGCAACCGCGACCCCCGUAAGAACGGCGAGAGCGCAGAUGGAUUCGCUUGCAAGUCUGGGCAGGGUGAAGGCAACGUCUUGCGCAACGCUAGGUUGUGGGACAACGUCGACGAUGGUCUUGAUUUGUUCAUGUUCGGAUCUCCCGUCACCGUGGAGGAAGUCUACUCCUGGGGCAAUGGCUUCAACAGAUGGGGUUUCUCGGGCUUCAAUGGCGACGGUAACGGCUUCAAGCUCGGCAUUACCGAUAACCCGCCUGCCAACCACGUUUUGCGCAACUCGAUGGCAUUCGCCAAUGCGAAGAAGGGUUUCAUUGAUAACGGUAACCCGGGAGCCUUGACCAUGGAGCGUAACACUGCGUGGAACAACGGCGAUGUCGGAUUCAACUUCCGCAGCUCUUCAUCCACACUCAAAAACAACAUCGCGGCUGUUAACAAGGGUACCGCUCAAAUCACUCUGGUCAACACUGUCAAGGCGUCUGGCAACUCAUGGCAGUCAGGAUCCUGGUCGAACAGCACUUUCAAGAGCGUAGACCCUUCUGCGUUGAAGGGUGCAAGAGGCGCAGACGGAAGGGUCCCAGCCAGCGACUUUUUGAUUCCUGGAUCUGGUGCUGCAAUCGGUGCUACCACGCGCGCUGAUGUCUAG